UUUCCGUUAAGAUUGUUUUAAACUCCUAAUACCUGACACCCUGGUACUUGGCAGUAAUACUUUAAAUUCAUUGUUGAAAAAGGUCUUACCUUGACUCACGACAUUUGUAGAAAGUCGACAGUCCGGGUUUUACUUUUUCUUACUGCGUCUCCAGAGGUUGAGAUCUGUGUUUCUGAAAUAGAAUAAAGCAGUAACGCUUUCCUGGGUGUUGAAAGACAAUGUUUUAUGCGAGAGUGAAUGUGUAAAUGUCGUAAAUUGCAUUGCAAUGCUUUGAGGAUGUGAAGAGUUUCGAAUUUCUUCCGGUCUGCAUAUUUUAUUGUUUUAUUAUACGUCCUCAUCCCGGAUAUCGGGUAGUCCGAGUUGGUUUACAAGCAGUUACAGCCUACCAUAAAAAACAAAUGUUAAUCUGUUUCGACGCCUGCUUUUAUAAUUUUCUCCCCUUUUGCCUCAGCAUGUACUGUUGACGAAGUUUUCCACGCGAUAUCAGUGAAUUCCAGUAUUUUAGGACACGGGCAAAUAUUUUGUGUUACAAAAUGUGAGAUUGUUUGUAAUUUCUCUGCAUUUUGUUAAUCUUUAAAAUGUAUGAAUUGUAAAUAUUUUGCUGGCAUGAAAAAAAGAUGUAUUUAUAUGAUAGCUUUCUUUUUCGGGAUACUUUAUGUACAGCUAAAACGACCAUAAAGUUAACGGUCAAUUUUGGAGGGCAGUUAGCGGGCUGGGGUCGGGACAGGGUCAUCCAGGUAGCAGAGAACACCUGUCAUCUAUAUAUACCCUGUAGAUCCGAAUUUGUGUGAAUAGAAACUCGGUCACAAAUUCGUACCUAGGGGAGUAUGUAGUUGACAUAAACACUUCGCCACUGCAGAAUUAUGAACAUGGGCGAACAUAAUUUAAUAUUUAUCCUAGUGCAUUAUUUUUUUAUACUACGCUUAAUAUGAAAAUUCAUCUUUCAUUUAAGUGUCUUCCCAUUAUAUAGUUCUGAAUGCUGUGUAAAAAGAAUAACUUCAAAAAACACAAAGUCAAUACAGAAUUGACGGUAUUCAGUAAUAUAUUAUUGUUUUAUUAGAAGAAUUCUAAGAAAAUAAGACAUUUGCUUCAAUGUAACCUUCAGAAUACUCGAAAUGUUGACAACAUUGGGGUUAUUAAUAUUUACAAUUUGUAUGCAAGGUGUGCGAAUUUGCGUGCACCAUUAACUCGGUCAUUGUAAAGGUUUAGCUGGCUUCGUUUUAAUGCAAGGGUCUAACUGUGAUUUAGAAGGCCCAGUAACCCGAAUUAGUUGAUGAAUUUUCUAUUGAUCCAAAACAAGCCUAGAUUUAUCUCUGACAAGGUUUGGCCCCACGCUUAAGAGCGUUCUUUCAGUUCUAUUAGUAACUACAUUCAAAGUCUGAAGAAGAUUGCACCGUCUUCCAUUUAUUUUCACGAAUGCUAGCCGAAAUAUGUCCCAAGUUAAAAUGUGACUGAUAGCCGAAAGCAACAUUGCCUGCCCUUGAUUAGUUUAAAAAAUGAAGGUAAACGGGAGGCCGUCCUCGCCGGAGAGGACUUCCUAUUGUUGAACCAAGGAUGCCUUUCACUUGGCAUUUUUAUUCAUGUAACUGGUGCGAUUCACUCUGCUGUUUAUAAUGCGCAUGCCGGUGGAUGAAAUGUAUGCAGAUAACAUUAGAGAAACUCAAACUAUGCACAGAUGAUGUUUCAGAUCUGCUAAAUCUAAUCCCAUUUCCUUAUCCGGGAAUCGCUGGGAACCACGCCAUUGGUUCUUGGUGUCACAUGGAUUUUUAACUUUGUUCACUUGACAGAAAGUAGGAGGGUUUUAUCAAACAGGAAAACGAGUAAAGGGAUAGAAAUAAAUUUUCUUGUGUUUUGUGUGCAAUUCAAAGAAAUUAAUGGCCAUGAGUUCCUUUUUGAUAAACUCCAACUAUGUGGAUCCGAAGUUUCCACCCUGCGAAGAAUAUUCGCAGAAUGAUUACCUGCCUAGCCAUUCGCCAGACUAUUACGGCGCCCAGAGGCGAGAGGCUGCCUUCCAGCAUGAGGCGAUGUACCAUCAGCGGUCGGGCUGUACCGAACCUCCGUACUCAUCGUGCCAUGGUUCCGGGGAACCUACAGCGGUUAUGUCUCCGAGGGGUCACGUCUUACCCCCGCCUGGACUCCCUACUCCGCUCCCUGAGCAAAAAAACCAUUGCGAUUCUGUAACACCGAGCCCUCCAUCCGUGUGUGUCCAGAACUCCGUCAGGCAAACCAAUUCUUCUUCCAGUUCAUGCAAAGAGCCAGUGGUUUACCCUUGGAUGAAGAAAGUCCAUGUAAACAUUGUGAACCCAAAUUACACAGGAGGGGAACCAAAGCGGUCACGGACAGCCUACACAAGACAGCAGGUUUUGGAGUUAGAAAAGGAGUUCCACUACAACCGCUAUUUGACCCGGAGACGUAGAGUGGAGAUUGCUCAUACCCUGUGCCUUUCCGAGCGUCAAAUCAAAAUAUGGUUUCAGAACAGACGGAUGAAAUGGAAAAAAGACCACAAGCUCCCUAACACCAAGAUCAGAUCAGCUGCCUCCUCAAGCACAAACUCAAACAGCAGCCAAGUGCUGGGGAACUCUCAGAACCGAUCCAGUGGACAACCAUCAAGUCUAUAGCUUUAUGCACACCUAUCCAUGCACACUUUAGACCUCACCGUAUGGCGCAUAUUCGUUGUGAUUUUUUUUGUUUUUUAUUCGUAUUUUUUUAAUUAUUAUUAUUAUUAUUAUUUUGUAAAUGAAGAGAAUGGCGCGAUGUGGGAAAUGAAGAAAACACUAGAAAUUGCCGUUAUUUAUGAAAAGAUGAAGACUGAAAUAAAGCACAGAUGCUUCUUUUUGUGCCAUUCUAAUUCUUUGUUCCCAUUUCAUUCUAGCUCCCCCUCCAUUAAUGCCAAUGGUUGCAGAUAGCAGUUUUCAGAUUUUGUGAAGAUGGAUCCGUUGUUUCGUCUUUAAUCAUGCCAAACCCAGUCCCAUUUGUCAUGUUUACUCUGCAGUACAAAGGAUGACCGUGGGCCUGCAGUUACCUCGACAUCCAACAUUGUGCUUAAUAAAUGAUCAACGGUUUCUUCAAGAAGCGACGUUUUUAAAGUUGUUUUUUUUUUUGUACCUUAUUUAAUAUCUUGAACACCCGAAUUUUUAGUGUCACUUACCAUACAAUGCUAGGUGACUAAAACAUUAAUGAACAAGACGGAAAACGAUUGUGUAUGCCAUUAGUAGUUAGUUUUCAGAAAUAAAUGUUUAUCACUUUACCGGAUUUAUAAUGAACUAUUAAUCGAAUGAGGUAUAUCGUUCAAUCUGAAGUCUAAAAGCAAUGACAUUAUAAUAUUGAACAUAUAAAUACCUUAAGCAGAUACGAACCAAAGGCCCCAAAGACCAUUUCAUUCUGGAAAAAGCACUAAAUGGUAGAUUUAAAAGUUUAAUUACUUUCGAUGUUAUUUUGUUGUUUAAUUUUGUCUUUAUGCGUUAACUACGUUGUGACCCUUUUCACAUAAUUUGCCCUGCAAAUUUUCGACAUAAUGUUCAUUCAUUUCUUGUAAACCAAAUGUAAAGUAAAAACUAGCGAAGAACAAAGGUGGGUAUAUGCAUGAUUAACGUUUCUUCAUUUCUUUUUUGUUAAUUUGUUCUCUGCACACGAUUACACACUUGCUUCUUUCUAGGUAUUAUAGGUAAUUCGUUUCAUCUCUUCUUUGCAUUCCGGUCCUCCCUUGUUAUGACAGAAAUGUGGUCUUCCAUAUUUGUAUUUCGGUCGUUUCUUUCUCAUACUUCGUGUAUCUAUACCUUAAUAUUUGUAAAUAGUGAUAGAAUGAAUAAAACAAAAUACGAAAUGUUAUUAUCACCUUUGUGUCCUUUUAUCUCUCCUUCUUCGUAAUAAGCAUAUAUAAGCAUACACAGUAAUAUCUGUAAUCUGAAUUACACUAUUCCUAACAACAAACAUUUUAUUAUACAAACAUUUUUCCAUUUUUAAGGACAGAUUUCUGUUCGUGCAUACGUAUCUUAAACAACGGUUUUCUUUUUGGUAAUUCUGUAUGCCUCAUGGACGAGUAGUCCUGCUAAAUUGUGUCUUAUUUCUUGUCUUUAAU